UCGGGGUUCACGGUGAAACCGAUGUAGAUCCGGCCUUUGAACUUGGGAUUUGAGGUCCUUAAUGACGUCCUGCCGGCACUCGUGAACGGAGCAGAACAUCUCUGAAGACAUGGCAGUAACAGCUGAUCACAUCCGGGAGAAACUCACUAAAGAGCUCGUGGCAGUGCACGUGGACAUUGAGGAUACCUCCCCAAACAGAUGUGCCACCAGUUUCAAAGUUCUGGUGGUGUCGCCCCAGUUCGAAGGGAAACCACUGUUACAGAGACACAG